CUUUAAGAUCUAGAGCUCGGCAGGUGCUAACCAGGUGGCAUGCAGCAGUUGCCUAGAUACAUGGUAGCGUGGAUGCCUCCAGCUGGUAUCCUUCAUACACCACAUCUCUCCUGACCAUGUGCUUAAAGCAAGUAAUACCUAGGUACUUUCGAAAGUCAUCAUCUUUAAUCAAUAAAUUUAAUCAAUAAACUUACUACCUCUUCUCAAGCUAUUGCUUCACGGUAUUUUGGUCCACCUCCUGUCAGUCACAAUGUCAACUUUCGAUGGCAUCAUCCACGAAUUCCCUGACAUUAGAGUUGACUUCUUCCGUGGAUUCAACCUCCGGCCUCCGUUGGCUUGUUUCUUAAGCCAUGUCCAUAGCGAUCAUCUCGCCGGGCUCGAUACGCUUAGAAGUCCUUUUGUUUAUUGUUCGGCCGCUACAAGAGAAAUCUUGCUUCGACUUGAAAAGUAUCCUUGCCGACUAAACUAUGCUAAAGGAAUACUCGAGGAUCCACGAAUGCAAACAUAUAAGCAUCUGGCCAAAGUACUGAAGCCCAUUCCUUUGGAUACCCCCACCAAGAUCGAGCUAGAUCCCACCCAGACCAUACAAGUUACACUCCUAGAUGCAAACCACUGUGCUGGUGCAGUUAUGUUUCUGAUCGAAGGCAAUGGAAACGCUGUCUUAUAUACGGGAGACAUUAGGAGCGAACCUUGGUGGGUAAAUUCCAUUGCUAGAAACCCUACUAUGGUAGAGUACUCUACCGGUCUGAGAACGCUUGACCGUAUAUAUCUCGAUACUUCGAUAUUGAAUAACUUCCCUCUGCAGACUAAGGCGGAUGGGCUCCGCGAACUUCUAGAAAAGGUUGCACGCUAUCCAAAGGAUACCAUAUUCCACAUGCAAGCAUGGACUUACGGAUACGAAGAGGUUUGGAUUGCUCUAUCGAAAGCUUUAGACUCCAAGAUUCAUGUCGAUAAGUACAAGAUGGGGGUUUAUAAAUCCCUUGCCAUCAAAUCAUCAGAUUAUCGCUACGCUGCUCAAACUCAUUUAACUAAGGAAGCUCCGUAUCUUGUCGGCUUCACCUGCGGUAACAACCAACGGGAGGGGUGCCUAACGCUAGACGAAAAUGUGCGAAUCCAUAGCUGUGAGAAAGGUAUGGGUUGUAAAGUUAUCGAGACCAAGCCGAUCGUGUGGAUCCAGCCCAUUGUCGCACAUCUUAAGAAUGGGCGAGACAUGGCUGAAGUGGGCAUUGGUGGAGGCGGGGACGACCUUGCGCAGAAGCCAACCCUUGAAACGGAGGGCAUUCGAGCUUUGUUAGAAUUAAUCAAACAAAAGGGAGAGGUACUAGGUGAUUUAGAGCCUGCGAUUACGCAAUUCCUUCAAAAAGCAAUGUCCGUUUCUAGGGACGUUGACCUCCAUGUUGGGAGGUUUAGCUUCGAGGAAGAGUACUCCUUUACGGAAAUACUUAACUCGCUUGCUAGGAGAGUUGAAGAAAUCCGGAAUCCGGUAAACAAGAUCAAAGGAGAAUACCACUCUGACGUCCUUACAAAUGAAAUCACAUUCCCAUACGCUAGGCAUUCUUCUUUGCCCGAGCUUCGGCAUUUUAUUAGGACUUUUAAGCCCACCGAUAUUUGGCCAUGCACGGUGGAUCCGAAAUCCUGGGCAGAAGAGGGCACUACCAUAAGAAAGCUUUUCGGAGAUAUCUGCACUGGUGAUGUUUUUCAGCACGACUUGCUGAUGGGCGAAGUAUCGGAAUUGCGACCAAAGUCGCACGGAGAGAAUAGGGAAAAUUCACCCGAGACUCAGUCUACGGCUGAUUUCCGCACAGGAAAUCCCUCUAGCCCAAUAAUCCCAUCCCCUGAUGCCCUCGAGUACCGCAGAUCUGAUAGUAUAGACGGUGUAUCCGUAAGAAUUUCACCCAGGAGAGGCCAAUUGCAGCAUCAGAGCCCUAACAUAUCGUCACUACGCCGUUACUCGCAGACCUCUCAGGCGCGGGUGGUACAGACCUCCUUUUCCUACGAAUAUAAGCGCGACAACAAUUCCUUCCAAUACGGCCGAUAUACACAUCUUACAGACGCCGACGAACAAAGCGAAUUAAAUUUACAGGGCUCUCAGGGUUCAGAGAUAUCCGACUAUUCAUACGAGACUAGGCUACGCGCCUAUCAAGCAGCCCGGGCUAACAUGAAGGGUGAUGGCGCUUGGAGAACUAUAAAUCUCAUCUCCACCACGGAUAAUCACAGUACGGUUGACCCGGAGCUAUGA